UUGUUUUGCUCCACUGCCAUAACAAAAACGGAGAUCAAAGCAUACAUAACAAGCUUACAGCUUUGACAGUUUUUGUAUACAUAUAAAAUAUGUGUUAGUCUGGUAACACCAUCUUAUAAAUUUAGUGAAAAUUUUGUACAUAAACAUCAACAAGUCAUAAAUAAUUUGGGCGCUGAAGUAAAAAUGGAAUUUUUAUCACCACCACCGUUCUUGUCCGAUGAAAUUAUUCAGAUGUUUGAUGAAGAUUUAAUACCCAUAAAAUCACCAUCAGAAUAUGCAUUUAAAGAAGCAGAUCACGAAUGUCUUGCAAAUAGUACAAAUGAAGUCAGAUUUUUAACCUCAAUAUCCCCAAACGUUGAUAUAAGAUAUGAAGAACUGGAAGAAGGUAAUAGAAUCUCUUCACCCACUCCAAAGAAAAGGAGGAAAAAUCCUGAAUCAUGGAAAUGUAACAUACGAAAAAAGCUCAGAGAAUCGGGAAAGGAUUACAUUAACAUAAAUAAUACCAAAAUGCCAGCAAGAAAAAUUAAACCAGCGUGCUACAAUUGUUUUUUAAAAUGUGCAUAUAUUUUUUCUAAAGAAGAUCGUAUGAAUUUGCACCAAUCUUUUUGGAAUAUGUCUGAUGACGAAAAAAACAACUUUUAUAUUAAAUUUGUUGCCCGGCAUCCUGUAGUACGCCGUAGAACAUUAAAAUCAGCUAAAAAAGAGUUUUCGUUUCUAUAUUACUUGGAAAAAGAUAAAAUAACCUACCGCGUAUGUCGAACUUUUUUUUGA